CUGGAAACACUGGUCAAUUGUCAAACUGACGCCAAUCUUCAGCUUCAGGGGCUGGAUAAGAAUAAAAUUAUUAUUCAUUAAAAAUUUAUUGAUGAUUUUAUUUCCAUAGUUAUUAUUAUAUAACGUUAAAUUAUUAACAUAUUUGAUAUAAUUAUUAAUAUCUGUGUUGUGAAUUGGGUGAAUCAAUAGCUUUCAAUCAAUAUGAGUUCGGAAACCCUAGCCACCGCUGGGAACGAAAUACGUGAAAAUUUGGUUAACACAGCAAUAAAAUUCCUGACAAAUCCGAACAUACAAAAAUGCACAAUGGAAAGCAAGGAACGGUUUCUACGUAGCAAAGGAUUAACCGACAUGGAGAUCCAGAAAGCGGUUGAGAGAUGCGCUGAGAUGAUAGACAUACCUUCCAGGGCGGAUAUCAUGUAUUUCCAUCAGUCAAGGACGUCGUGGUUCAAAGAGCAUGUCUUGCCGUUUGUCGUGUAUGGAGGACUGGCUUAUGGCUGCUACUGGUUUUAUAAGGUAUAUUUAUAUGAACUGCCUCAGACCCAGCUACUAUUCGUGGAGCAACCAAAGCGCAAAUCCACGGCGGAGUGCAUCGACGAGCUGCGCAAGAGUCUCGACGUGUUAAAUGCGAGCGUGACGUCACUGCGCGGCGAGAUCCAGAACAGCGUGCAGCAGAGCGCGCUGCGAUCGCAACUCGACAACAUCAAGUCCGACAUCGCGUCGGUUAAAGGCAUAUUACUGAAUAGAAACCAAUUUCCCUCCCUCAAGACCCGCUCGGAUCCCCCAUCGAUCCCAGCGUGGCAACGACAAUCGGAAGAGGCGACUUCAACGGAGGUAGCUACUGAGGAAAAGAAGAAGCACCGCAGUCGCAGCCAGAGGUCGGAAUCGGGAGGUUCCAACUCCAGCGAGGGCGAGCAGGCCACUAAAAACAGUGACAGCAGUUUGGAGAUUAUCACAUGAAGGCAGCAACCGUUCAAGCCGCGCGUGCUAUGGCGGCAAUUUGUGGGUUCUGUUCCCGCGCUGCGCCAUCGUCGCCGCUGCCUCUGACCCCUGAGCUGCCCGUGACUGAACAUGUGCAUCUCCUCAGUACUAGUAAGCUGACAGUGUACUUGACGUGAUAUUACGUCGUGUCAGAUCACGUAACGUCUUAAUACGUUGCGUUAGAUGACGCCGAAUUUAAUUUUGUAAUUUAACAUUUCGCUGUAUAUUUAUGUAAUUUAAUUGGAUAAUAUAUAUUUUACACUUGUUAUGAAGUCAGCGUUACUUUUAAUAGCAUUGAGUAGAAAAAAUAGUACCUAACUUGCCUUUAUAGAUGAUAGUAAAAUUGUAACAAAAUAGAAGUGCUGAUUUAUUUACAAUUAUUCUCUAUAUAUAAUACAAAUCAUUAAUUAUUUUAAUUGGCAAAUAAUUAACGAUAACUUAUAAAAUUCUAAACAAAAAAUAUCUAUAAUAAUGUUAAUCUAAUUCUUGCCUAAUACAUAUUUGGUUUUGGGUAAAGUUUUUAUUGUGAGAUUAAUGAAUUAAUCUAAUUGUAAUGAUAAUUCAAUGCAAUUAACAUGUUUGGUCACGAUGUUCUCGGGCGAUGUGGCCGGGUCUAGUCUACGUUACCUAGCUAAUACGGCCAUUGUAAUCGCGUAUACAAAUAAAAAAAAAUCUUAAUUCACUAUGACAAUUUAUUAAUUUUACAUACGUGCAGGUAUUGGUGUAAAGGUUUGUGGUUAUAAUAUUUUUUGAUUGUAUGUUUGUAGUAAAUGAGUCAGUGAUCGUGUUAACACGUUGACAAUCGGUCGUCAACAUGAAGAAAAUAACAUGACGUAUAUAUCCGUCAGCGGUAACGUAUGACGUAAAUAUACGUCAUGGUAUUUUUUACUCUGGUUAUAUGUCGGUAAUUUAUAGAAAGCUAUGAUAUCGAUGCUAACAUUUGAAAGCAAUAAUAUAUCAAUGUCUAUUAAUGUAAUAUUAAUAAUAUUCAAUUCGUCAACUUGUUAGCCAUUGUGUUAUUAUACGACUGAAAUAAAUCGAACGAAAUAUACGAGCGGGUAGUUUUGAAGUGUUAUAAUUGUUAAUAUUGAGUAGAAUAAUAGCUUUAAUUUGUUUGGUGUCCUCCUAUAUACCCUUUUAUGCUAAACGCUGGCAUGGUUCCGUUUCAGAGGUAGAAUUAUGAAUAAAUUCGUUGUGUAAUAGUUAUACAACCUUUUUGAUUAAAAAUAUUUCGGCAAUAGUAAUUAAUAAUGUUAUACUAGCAGUUUCAUUCGAGAUGUAAAUGAAAAAAAUAUUGCUAUAGUUCAUGAAACAGUUUUUAAAAUCACUUCAAAACUUAAUUACCAAAAUGUGAAUUUUAUUUUUGUUUUUUGUUCAAAAUAAGACCGUUAAUUGAGCGUGAAUCUUUGUGACGGUAAUUUAGAUUUAAAUGUUCGUGGGCUGUAAAUAAAAUAGUUUUAAAUGGCGAAUAAAUGGUUAUUUAGAUGGACGAAUAAUGGUAAAACAUAUUAUCUCUUUUUAAAAGCAUUUAUUAUACAAAUUUAAACGUCUUCAGCCGUUUUCAAUAAACAAUCUCAAUCUUCAAUCCGAUUCCGAAAAUGAACCAAUCAAAUAAAUCAAUUGUUAUAUUGUCAAAAAACUUUGUUCUGAUUGGUCAAUUUUUACGAUAGAUCGGGAAAGCGAUUGGGUUCUUUAUUCAAAAUGGCGGUUAUUGUGAGAAAUGUCCAGGUAAUAGAUCAAUAUUUACCAUUUUCUCGCUAUUUAUCGUGUGAAAAUAGUUAUGAAUAAUCAUGUUCGUUUCGCAAUAAUGUAUAGUCAUAUUUACUUGGUUCUGAAGGUACGAUGAAUUUAAACUGAAAUGAGGGCAAAUUUAUACUGUAUUUUGUAGUUAAAGUAUUGCUGUUGCAUCUUAUAUGGGUAGUCGUUCUGCCUUCGUUUAGAUGAAUAGUUUUCUGUACAGUGCUAACUCUUUCCGGUUUUCUCUUACUAAUAUAUUCCCUUUAGAAUCAAGUCCCAUGUAUAUUAUUAGAGUAAGUAUGGGAUGCCUCAAUAUGGAAGUUAAAAACCGGGUGUCGAAAUGUAUUAUUUCAUAAUAAUGACAUUAUAUCUUAUACAUGACAUAAUAAUCGGUACAAUUCCGAGUAUUUAAAAUUAUAGUUUUUGUAUUAAUUCUGAGUUUUGAGUCAAUUUUAUUUAGCUCAGUAAUAAAAACAGUUUAUUUGACAGUACAAAUACUUUAUGCCAGUUUUAUUACAUGAAUUUUUGUCGAUAUUAUAAUUAUUGGUGAUGUUUUAACUAUUUUUAUUGAAUUAUUCGGGUGGGAAGAGUAUGUUUGAUGGAAUUUUAGCUGCUUUGACUUCCAGUAUUGCUCAUUGUUGUAUAAAAGACUUGUCGCGCGUAUUCAUUCCAAAUUUCGUGUGUACCUUAAGUGAUAAAUAAACCAAUGAUAUAUUAGUUGA